ACUAUUUAGUUUGUUUUGGAUUUUUUGGGGUUGUUUUUUUUCUAUGGAUAACUGUGGGUUUGUAGCUCUGGAACCCUAGAACUGUACUAUAUACGAUCAAUGCUGGAACAAUACAUUAUACGCCGGACACAUGCCAAUCUUGCAAUCACAAUAAACAAUUUGUAACUAUGGAAACAUAGGUUGUUGUUAGCGCUGUGAUUCCGCAUAGUGUCCAUCUCUGCAUUUCACAAUAAAUUAUUUAAUGUAUCGGCUUCUGCAGCAAAGAAGGCAAUAACAGUCAAUGAAUGGUUUAUAUUCCGCAGCAAUGGGUAGAAUUCUUAAAUUACGUGGGAUCAAUAUUUGGUACAAAAGAGGAAACAGACCUCUCAUCAUGUUUGGUUUUGUGCUUGUGUUCCUGUUUCUGUUGUCAUAUUUAACGAGCGAUAGUUGCAGCGGAGAGAAAUGUAACGGGAAUGUUCCCUACAUAACGACUUUUCAACAAAACCACUGGAGAAAUACUACCAAGAAACGCAUUUUACGAUGGACGGGUUUUUUCUCUGAUAAGACAUGGGAAGGAAUUGACGAUCGUUUAUUCAGACGCUGCAAAGUUCAAUCAUGCACCAUGACCAAUGACAGAAGCCUGUUGGAUGACAGUGACGCAAUAUUAAUUCACGUGGGCGCAUUAUGGAAAGUAGUUGGGGCUCUAGAUCUGCCGCAAUCGAGACUCCCGUUUCAACGAUGGAUAAUAUACAACGUCGAACCUCCUCCCAGAACACCGAUUGGUUUCGGACAGCUGGCAGGACUUUUUAACUGGACAUCGUUUUAUCGUCUAGAUUCGGAUGUUCCGGUAUUCUACGGUGGAUACGUUCGACAUAACCGCGUACCAUAUGCUACUAAUGUUUCCGGGAAAAACUUUGCCGCGAGGAAUUAUCAGCUUGCAGCUUGGAUGUCCAGUAAUUGCUACGAUUUUGGGAGAAGACGCCUAUUUAUAAAUGAUAUGAAACAGCGUCUACCAGAGUUCGAUCUUUACGGUAAAUGUGGAGGCACGCGGUGUCCGGAAACAAUUUGCAGAGAAGUAUUAUCACGUUACAAAUUUUUCUUCGCUAUUGAAAAUUCUCUUUGCAGAGAUUAUGUCACAGAAAAAUUUUGGGCGGCCUUGGAAAGGCGUCAAAUUCCAAUAGUUCGGGGGAACAUCGAUUAUGCUAAAAUUGCACCACCCCAUUCUUUUAUUAAUGCAGACGACUUUGGUAGUGGUAAAGACUUAAGUGACUUUUUACUUCGUUUAUCAAGAAAUGAAGAUGAGUAUAAUAAAUACUUAAAAUGGACGGAACGAUACGAUGUCUACGGUGAAAUUGAGGCUCGAAGGGAAUAUUUCUGUGACCUUUGCGAGGCUCUUCAUGAUAAAAGUAGACCAACUCAGGUUUAUUCUAAUCUAGAUGGAUGGUACAAUGAUGAACUUGAAACUUGUCCGCAAUGGAUGCUUGGUAAUCAGAUAUCACGUUUUAUUGAUGGAAUUAAGAUUACAUUAGGGUUAAUGUGAACUGACAAAAUACAAAGAGACUAAUGUCGAAAAACUUUAAACUAAAAACUGAAUUAAAGAUACAUUAUGGGAGAUUUUUAUAGAGAGUUGGCCAUUCUUGCUAUAACAGUUCAAAAGUAGAUGAUGAAAGAAGAAUAUAUUGAAAAUUUCAGUCAAAUUACUUUAUUCUGAACAUAGUUAUCAUCGUUGUAAUAUUUGACUAGAAAUGGUAGUGAAAUGUGCCUUCACCUUGGCCGAACGUUUGAUUGACAGGCGUUAAAUCCACCUACAUAUCUCGAAUAUCAAGUAAAGUUUUCAAUGGCAUGUGGAAACGCCCUACAGCGGCCUCGCUAAGUACACUCUAUCAUUUAGUCUCGAUCUAACUGACGUAUUCUCAUCAGGGUGCGCCAUAUUUGAAUUUAUCAAUAAGUGAAAUCCUAUUUAAAUCCGAGCUGUAGCCGAGCCAUCCGUGGGUCUACAGAGUUGAUUUUGGGCUUGUUGUUUAAAUAAAGAUCUAAUUUAUAAUUUCUAUAACAUCUGAAGCCUAAAUUAACACUUGCAAUAAUCAAAUUUUGCUCUUGCAUAAUGUAUGUUUAUUGUGUUAACAUAUAAUUUCCAAUGCAUACUAUUUUGAUAUUUUUAAAACUCAUAUUUACACAUUUCAAAAGUUAAGGAUGCAUUAUGUAAGAUUUAGACAGAGAUCUGGCGGUUCUCGCUAUAAUAAUUAAAGAUGCAUUAUGUAAGAUUUAGAUAAAGAUCAGGGUCCUGUUUCACGAAAUUUUAACUAAAGAUAAAAUCCAAAUUUUAGUAGAUACUUAAAUUUUGAUUGGCUAAGCACUAAAAUCGAUCUAAUAUUAUCCAAUCAAAUUACUAAAAUUUGGAUUUUAUCUUAGUUAAAAUUUCGUGAAACAGGCCCCUGGUGGCCCUCGCUAUAAUAGUGAAAGAUGCAUUAUGUAAGAUUUAGAUA